AUGAGAAGUCGCCGAGCCGAGUCUGCUGCCGUCGCCUGUCCACCAUCGUUGCGCGACGCGCACACAAGACGGUAUACCAAUAUCACUCCUUAUCAGGAAAGCCCUUGGCUGGCAUCUCGGCUCUGUCUCGCCACCAUGCCGCAGCCAACAACAGCCGACACAACAGCUACCGAGCAGGAUCAUAUCGAGGGCUCCGGACCUGAUGACAGUAUCCUAGCCACACACAAUAACCCAUGCCAACCCUCUUCACUUGAGCGUCCGGCCUCAGCACAAAGCACCACAUCAGAGACUCGCACAUUUGACGAGAACCUAGAAGCUGGCAUCAGGCUACCGGAGGUUGCACAUAUUUACGGCUCGAGUUCUUGGAUCACGCUGUGGCCAUCUCGACACAAACUCGUAAACUCGGCCUCGUCGUUUUCGACUGAGGAGACUUACACGGAGAAGAUAGAGCCGCCUGAGCGAGUGCUGGAUAUCUGUGAUACACGAGGCCUAGGCGUUAAGGCUGUGACGUUUAGGGAGGAUGAGAAGAUCAUCACUUCCAUCGUCACCGAUGCACAUCCGGAGCCAGAGUUCUCGGAAAAGAUCGCCACCAAAGCAGUGAUUGAUAAGAUGCUUGAAGAGCACCCGCUGCCGUUAGUGACGGGUCCGGAGUGGCGGAACAGAUUCCGACAUGGCUUCCUGUCAAUGUACCGACGCCUGCACAUUGCAGUCCUGCUAGCGAACCUGAUCGCCUUGGUCUACUGCAUAUGUCAGGUUGCCAAAUAUGGCUAUUCCCACUACGCCUACACCGACGCAUCCAACGCCGUGGCAGCAAACCUCUUCGUCGGCACCUUGAUGCGCCACGAACACGCCAUCAACCUCUUCUUCCGCAUAUGCACGAUGCUGCCACACUCGACGCCACUAGCGAUCCGAAGGUAUGCUGCGAAGGUGUACAGCUAUGGUGGGAUCCACUCGGCUUGUGGGAUUAGCUCGUUGUUUUGGUAUGUCUUCUACGUGGUGCUGUUGCUGAAGCAAUUUGGUGGAUAUGGAGAGGAACAAAGGCCGCUGUUACACGCGCUGCAAGCUCUGACUGGUGUGAUGCUAGCGUUGUUUGCGACGUUGAUAGUGAUGGCGUAUCCUACCAUUCGCUCAAGGUACCACGACUGGUGGGAACUCUCGCACCGCUUCGCAGGCUGGACUGCCAUUCUUGUCAUCUGGACACAGACUGUCAUUGCCGCAUGGCCGAUCGCAGACAUUCUGGAUACAAAUGUCGGCAUGAUCCUAGUCACUACACCAGCUUUCUGGUUCCUCCUCGCAACCAGCUGCAUGAUCAUCUACCCCUGGACACGCCUCCGUCGCCGCGAAGUCGUGGUAGAACCACUAUCAGAACGAGCCACGCGCCUCCGCUUCAAUAACAGAAAAGUCACGUCCUGCGUGGGUACGAGAUUGGCGAACUCGCCACUCAUGGAGAACCACGCCUUCGCGACGAUCCCCAAUCCUGAUAACAAGAUGGGCUACUCCGUCAUCAUCUCCAACGCAGGCGACUGGACCAGCAAGAUAAUCGCAAACCCACCCUCCCACAUCUGGAUGCGCGGCGCUCACACCAUGGGCGUAUCGCGAAUCGGCCUGCUCUUCAAACCCGUCAUCCUAGCCGCCACCGGCUCAGGGAUCGGUCCAACGCUUUCCUUCCUACAAGCAUAUCCCCACUGGCCCUGUCACGUGGUGUGGUCGGCGACGUACCCCGAGGAGACGUUCGGGAAGGAGAUUAUGAACACUGUCCUAAGGGCGGACCCGAAGGCGGUUAUUGUGUGUAGGAAAAUGACGGGGAGGUAUGCGAUGCAUGAGUUGGCGUGUGCGGCGUAUAGGAGGUUUGAGGCGGAGGCGGUGGUGCUUAUUAGUAAUCCGAUGGAGACGAGAAGGACGGUGUAUGAGUUGGAGGCGAGGGGGAUACCGGCUUAUGGAGCGAUUUUCGAUUCGUGA